CGGGACAUGAGGCUGCCCUGUGUGCGGCCUGUGGCCCUGGUCCUACUGGUCAUCCUCAGUGUGUCUCGAAAUGCCUCCUGCAAUCGAAACAAACUGUACAUCCUCGACGACGACUACAACAACAAUCUCCCCCCGGAGAAGAAUAUGACAGUGGCCAUUUCGUUGUUCAUCAACAGGGUGUCUGCUGUCGACGAAAGUAAAGAGGAGAUAUCGCUGGAGGUGUUUCUCCAAGUGUACUGGACGGACCGACGUAUCAGGAUCGCUGACAACAUGUCUGGAGAGGAUCACCUGGAGCUGACGUGGGGGAAGGAGAACAGCUUCUGGGUGCCAGACCUGUACAUCCGCCAGCUGAGAGAGAUGAAGGUUCUCUCGUUGUUCCAGGACAUGACCUCUGUGCGGCUGUUCCGCAACCAAACCAUGCGUGUCAGCAUAGGAGCGACUGUGAUAAUCAAAUGUGAUAUGGACUUCGUGUUGUACCCUCUGGAUGUUCAGGAGUGUGCAGUGGACUUCAGCAGUUACAAAUACACAGCUGAUGACAUGAAGUUUGUCUGGCGCAACGAUCCUCCUCUCAGCUUCCCCUCGGACUUCGGCGAUGGUUACCGACUGCCUAAAUACGUCGUCUCCUUCGUAACUGAGAACAAAACACACAACGUCUUCUAUGGCGAAGGCAACCACUCGACCGCCCGCAUGAAGAUGACAAUGAGCCGAGAGAUACGGAGCCACCUGCUAGAGACGUAUCUGCCAAGCACUCUGUUUGUCAUCAUGUCGUGGGGUGGGUUUGUCGUCAUCCCCGAGGUGGUGCCAGGCCGCAUGGUGUUGUUGGUCACCACUCUUCUGUCAUUGGUCACAAUGUUCGACACUGUCAGGAACAAUUCCCCCAGCGCACUUGAACUGAAGUGCAUCGAAGUCUGGCUCAUCUCCUGCACUCUCUUUGUGUUUUUUGCACUUAUUGAGUAUUUCAUCGUCCUGUUUGGCAUCCGCUAUGACAAACACUGGCGACACAAGAAGAGGGAUCUGGAGCUACAGCUACAAUCGUCCAAUCAUGCGAUGCCUCCGCCUGAUAAGGCCUCUAGGUUAAGGCUCUUCGGCGGCAGUAAGGUACAUCCCCAUCAUGCACGCUUAGAAAUCCUCAGCGGCCGUAGAGGAAAUCCAGGAAACUCUCGAAACUCCAACGGAGACGAGGCAAGGAACAACACGGAGGCUGGCCAGUCGGAGUCUGAACAGAAGCCCAAACUGCGAGCUGUCACUGAAUACCUGAUCCUGUACUGUGGAUCACAGCGAGGUACAAUUGACCAAGUAUCUCUCGCAUUGUUCCCUCUCAGCUUCCUGGUGUUCACUGUUGUCUACUGGGUCACGUACCUGAACGAGGCCAAGCAACGGCACGUCACGUGACGUCAGUCCUCCAAACAACAGCACCAAACAACAGAAAAAUGCGAGACAAUCGUUCUAGCACUAAGCUUUUAAAUGAAAACUACACAGUUUAUGGUUGUAAAAAGGUACACUAGAUUUGCUUAUUUGUUUAAGCCCAGACAAGAAUUCUUUAGGAUAUACUAGCGAGACAUCAUACACUUUUUGAUAAACAAGUAUGAGCUUAGAUUAGUCGGAGGACUUUUGCUGAUUCAAACUGUCAAGAGAAUCAAUUUUAGUAUAUAUCGGCCUGUCUGUCUGCCACCUCAGUGCUUUACCAUCUUAAACCAGGCGAUUUCUAUCAACAAGUGCUUGCAUUUUACUUUAAUAUGUCUGCAUAAGAAUUAUUAUUCAAGUAGGGUACAGACUUUUUUAUUGCAGCUUAAAGUUUACACCGAAGCUCAAUUAAUUGUAUUCAGUAACUUUACUAUUUCCAGUUGCCCCCUUGACCUAAUCUUUGUUGUAUUUGAGUGAAUGAUGACAGAAAAAAGAAUUAAGGAUGACUGAUACUGUGGUAAUGGAGUGGUUGAUCUAAAACCCAAUAUGUGAUUGGUGUACUCCAACCCUAAACAAUUUUGAUUCAAUCAAUGGAAUUCUCUGUGCUACCGGCCAUAAGCAUUCAUGUGUAUAUUUUUCAUAAACUUACGCUGUAAAAAUAUUUAAAAAAUAUGGACAUUUUGUUGUUUUACAUAAAUGCUGUUAUUGGAACAGAAACGAGAAACAAUGCAGUUAAACUGAAAUUUGUGUUCUGAAAGGUCUUAAAAUUAGUGUAAAUUCAAUGUGUUUGCAUGUCUAAGUUAUGUCUCAGUCUCAGUAUUGUUAUCAAAAUCAAUAUAUGAGGAUGGUGAAGCCAUUUAAAAAAAAUAGUGGAUGAAUCUCUUGCAACUGUGUGAUACUGUCAACAUUUGAUCCCUCCCUUAGUGUUUGACACUAUAGGUGAUGUGGCAUUAAAGAUUUCAUAGUUUAUAAUAGGUUUUUAUUUAAAUUUUGCUUGAAUAAAAAGAUAGUCUAUUUGAUAGAAUCAAUACAUUCAAUUUGAUUGAGUGCACAACACUCUGU